GUUCAUGAUCCCGUUCCUCAUCCUGCUGGUCGUGGAGGGCAUCCCCUUGCUGUACCUGGAGUUCGCCAUCGGGCAGCGGCUGCGCAAAGGCAGCGUGGGCGUCUGGAGCUCCAUCCACCCAGCGCUGAAGGGCGUAGGCAUCGCGUCCAUGUUCGUGUCCUUCAUGGUGGGCCUCUACUACAACACCAUCAUCGCCUGGGUCAUGUGGUACUUCUUCAACUCCUUCCAGGAGCCUCUGCCGUGGAGCCAGUGCCCGCUCAAUGACAACCGGACAGGCUACGUCGAGGAGUGCGCCCGCAGCACGCCGGUGGACUACUUCUGGUACCGGGAGACCCUCAACAUCUCCGACGACAUCAGCAACUCGGGCUCCGUGCAGUGGUGGGUCCUGCUCUGCCUGACCUGCGCUUGGAGUGUCCUGUACGUGUGUACCAUCCGCGGCAUCGAGACCACGGGCAAGGCCGUGUAUAUCACCUCGACGCUGCCCUAUGUCGUCCUGACCAUCUUCCUCAUCCGAGGCCUGACGCUGAAGGGAGCCACCAAUGGCAUCGUCUUCCUCUUCACGCCCAAUAUCACGGAGCUGGCCAACCCGGUGACCUGGCUGGAUGCGGGGGCCCAGGUCUUCUACUCCUUCUCGCUGGCUUUCGGCGGUCUCAUCUCCUUCUCCAGCUACAACUCCGUCCACAACAACUGUGAGAUGGAUUCAGUGAUCGUGUCCGUCAUCAACGGCUUCACGUCUGUGUACGCAGCCACCGUGGUCUACUCCAUCAUCGGCUUCCGUGCCACCGAGCGCUUCGAUGAGUGCUUCAGCACGAAUAUCCUGACGCUCAUCAAUGGGUUUGACCUGCCCGAGGGCUACGUCACCCAGGAGAACUUUGCGGAAGCGCAGCAGUGGUGCAAUGCCACCGACCCCGUGGCCUACGGGAAGCUCAAGUUCCAGACCUGCGACAUGACCUCCUUCCUGUCGGAGGGUGUGGAGGGCACGGGGCUGGCGUUCAUCGUCUUCACAGAGGCCAUCACCAAGAUGCCGGUGUCCCCGCUGUGGGCCGUGCUCUUCUUCAUCAUGCUCUUCUGUCUGGGCCUGUCCUCCAUGUUCGGGAACAUGGAGGGUGUGGUAGUGCCCCUGCAGGACCUCAAACUCUUCCCGCAAAAGUGGCCCAAGGAGGUGCUCACAGGCCUCAUCUGCUUGGGGUGCUACCUCAUUGCCUUCAUCUUCACGUUGAACUCCGGCCAGUACUGGCUCUCCCUGCUGGACAGCUACGCCGGCUCCAUCCCCCUGCUCGUCAUCGCCUUCUGCGAGAUGUUCGCCGUGGUCUACGUGUACGGCGUGGACAGGUUCAAUAAGGACAUCGAGUUUAUGAUCGGGCACAAGCCCAACAUCUUCUGGCAAAUCACGUGGCGAGUGGUCAGCCCGCUGCUCAUGCUGGUCAUCCUCCUGUUCUUCUUCGUGGUCCAGGUCAACAAGACGCUCAUAUACAGCGUCUGGGACCCUGCCUAUGAGGAAUUUCCCAAAUCCCAUAAGGUCUCGUACCCGGACUGGGCGUACGGCGUGGUGGUCGUCGUGGCUGGGGUGCCCUGCCUCACCAUCCCCUGCUUCGCCAUCUACAAGCUCAUCAGGAACCGCCUCCAGAAGCCGGAAGGCCAGCAGGGACUGGUCAGCUCGCUGUCCACAGCCUCUGUGAACGGGGACCUGAAGUACUAAGCAGCCCUGCGCAUGGCUGCAUGAGUGCAUGUGCAUACACAUGUGUGAG